GCGACCCACAGGUUGAGAACCGCUGCUUUAGGCCAUGGUAGGGAUUUUGCUUUUCUCGGUGCUUUCGUAGGGUUUUGAGGAAAGUAGUGACAUGGUGUAAAUUACUUUUUAAAAGAAUCACUGACCACUAUGGAGAACAGGCUCUCACAGAGCCUUUGUGGGUAACCCUGGUGAGAGAGGAGGUGGCCUGAGUCUGUGGUAGCAGAGGAAAUGGUGAGCUAUGGAACUUGAUGUCCUGACAUCAUGCAUAUGGGCCUGAGGGAAAGGGAAGAGUCGAGAAUGACCGGAAGCUUUAGUUCUUAGCAACUGGAAGGGUGGAGUUACCACUGACUGAGGUGGGGAAGGCUGCAGAUGAAGCAGAUUUGGGACUGGGGAUGUAUCAGGAGUUUGUUUUUGGACCCGUUGUUUCCGGUGCCUGUUACACACUUACACACUGAACUGGAGAUGUGGAAUAGGCUAUUGUGUCAGGGGUCCCCAAGGCCGCCUCCAGGUUCAUUGAUUCACUGGGAAGACUCAAUAGAACUCAGCUGUGGGUCACAGCAAACGCAUACAAAGCACAGCCAGCAAUGGAGAGGAUGCAUGAGACAGACUGGAGGAAGCCAGGGUCAGUCUUCCAAGCCAGGAGUCCUCUCCCAGUGCAGUCACACUGGACGUGCGUAAUUCUCCCAGCAACACAUUGUGACAACAUGGGAAAUGUCUGUCAGGAAAGCUCAUUAGAGAGUCAGGGCCCCAGGUUUUUAUUAGGAUUUAGGCACCCUCUAUCGAGAAUGAACCAAAAUUCCAGACUCGCAGAAGGAAAGCAGGUAUUCAGCAUAAAUCAAGUAGUUUGUACAGACAGAUUAGGCCCAGUGAGCCACUCCUGUCCGUUCUGUGAAUGGUGAGAACCCUCCUGAAAUCCAAGUUCCCGGACACCAGCCAAGGGCCACCUUGCAGGCGGGCUUUCUAAGGAUAGCAGUCUUGGGCCUACUAUAGUAACUGUUCUGCACAGACCUACAAGUCUGGAAUUUGGAAGAAAGGUCUGGAAUAGUGAUACAGAUAUAGGGAGUCAUUGGCAUUUACUAGUAGGUGGUAUUUAAAGCCACGGAGAUGCCUGGUGUCUUGAUAAACAUUUGCCAAAACUGAUCGAGCUGGAUGAUGUGAAUGUAGAAGAGAAAAAAAUCAAAAGCUGAGCCCUAGCGCCCUCCAACAUUAAGAUGUCAGGGAGAAGAGAAGGAAGCAGCAAAGAAGUGUCGAAAAGCAGCAGCCGGUGAGGUAGGAGGUCAGCCGAGAAUGAGGUGUCCUGAAACCAAGUGGAAAAGAAAAGAGUGAUUAGUUGUUUCAAAUGCUACUGAGAAUGUAGGAUAAGACGGGGCAAAAGCUGACCUUUUGGAUUUAGAAAUGAGAGGCACUGAAGAGAGUAUAGACAACCCUUUUGAGGAGUUUUGUUGUAAAGAGGAGCAAGAAGGGCAGCUGGGGGGUAGUGGGGUUAAGAGGUUCGUUGGUUUGUUUUGAAUGAGAAAUAACAGCAUGCUGAUGAGAAUGGUUCACUAGAAAGUGAAAAAUUACUGUUGUAACUUUCUGUUUCCUCAAAGCUCCAUUUCCGGCCACUUUUGCCAUCAGAACUCUCCUCAGGCAUCCCUGCUCUGGCUCCAACCUGUGCAAGAACAGCCUCCUCGACCUCAGCUUUCACUUAAUGUUCUCUGACACCCACAUUCCACUUCAGUGGCAGCUUCUUGACAGGACUGUGUUUUAUGUAGCCCUCGCUGGCCACUUGGCAUAUGAGUGGAUGUAGUAAUAGGUAGGAUGCUCAUUUCAUUUCUCGAAAGUGAAUCUUCAAGUAGUCACUGGUUUUUGUGUGUGCUGAGCAGAUUGGGGAUGGAGUGAGGAAUGGGGUACAGUUCCUGCCCUGUCACUGCCCUUAGGAGAUAAGAAUAGUACAAAAGACAUACAGCAUUGGUGCAGCGUGAGUUUGGAAAAGGGCACGGUGAGUGGGGGCAGGGGAGGGUGGAGGAGAGGCCUGGAUUUUGUGUGGAGCCUGGAAGAGAAGAGGCCAUGGUAAAAGGAUAGAAACUUUUUUUCAGUAGUAGAAUCCUUAUUUUCAAUGAAAUACAACGAACCCCAGUAUUCACCAGCACUGCUUGCUGUUCUGGUUGAAGAGGGGCUGGGCCUGCUUCGUUAGCCCUCUCCUCUGGCACUCCCACGUCUCUGACUAGUUUCAAAACUCUGAGGUAGAAUCCGGGUUUCUUUCUUAACAACAACAACAACAAAUGUUUUUAUUGAUAUUUUUAGAGAGAGAGGAGGAAGGGAGAGGGAUAGAGAGAUAGAAACCACAUCGAUCGGCUGCCUCCUGCAUGCCCUGCACCAGGGAUCAAGCCCGCAACCUGGGCAGGUGCCCCGACAGGGUCAACGUUCAACUGCUGCAAAUCUGAGUUUCAAAGCUCUGGGCAGAAUCAGAGGUUAUAUGCACCAUGGCUAUGACUAGUGUCAGAUUGCCCCCCAGUAUUUUAAGGAAGCCAGAUGCCUGGAUUGGACUCUGGGGAGCGCUACGAGGGACACCUUCACACAAACUCUGUGCUUCCUGGAAUCGGUACUUCUAUUUUUCUAGUACCAAAUUAAAUGCACCAAGUUAUAAAACACUUUUCCAUAACAUUUUCUCACUGAGACUCCCAGGACUUUUAAUAGCUCCAGAAUAUAUUUUCCCGUUUUCUAUAAGACUCAAAAGUAAUAUAAGCUCUAAAAAAUCCACUAAAAAGACUCUGCAGAAAGUUGAAGCUGAAGAGGACUCCGAUGAAGAGAGUGAUCAUGAAGUGAGUGAGCAAGAAGAGGAGCUGGAGGAUGACCCCAGUGUGGUCAAAGACUAUAAAGACCUGGAGAAAGUAGUGCAGUCUUUUCGGUAUGAUGUUAUCCUGAAGACAGGCCUAGAUAUUGGCAGAAACAAAGUGGAAGAUGCAUUCUACAAAGGUGAACUCAGGCUGAACGGGGAAAAAUUGUGGAAGAAAAGCAGAACGGUGAAAGUGGGAGAUACGUUGGAUGUUCUAAUUGGAGAAGAUAAGGAAACAGAAACAGAGGUAGUGAUGCGGAUUCUCCUGAAAAAAGUGUUUGAAGAGAAGACUGAAAGUGAAAAAUACAGAGUGGUCUUACGACGGUGGAAAAAGUUAAAAUUGCCUAAAAAGAGUGUGACGAAAUAAAUGGAUUGCUUUUUAACAAUAAA